AUGCUCGCUUCUCCUUGUCAACAACCUAAGCCCGGUUACAUUGAUCCAUCCUCCCAAACCUUGGAAGAAAUAGCGCUUUUCUAUGGACCACACAAAAUCCUCCCAAAAAUCGGACCAGCACAUCCAGCAAAUCGAUUGCAAACCUUGUGUGUAGUUGUGUUUGCUGAUGGAGCAGUUGCAGAUGAGGCUAGAGCUGCAGGAGCUGAUUUGGUUGCUUCUGCUGAUGAAACAGGUCAAGUUGGUCCUUGUGUUGCUUGUUGUUGCCAGGUUUUAAGGAGUGUGAGUCAAUGGUCAGCUGGGACAAGUCAAGUUGAAGAGAGCAUUCACAAAGCUUACAUUUCUCUUAUUGAAAAAGCUGAACACUUCGUCUACAUCGAGAUUAUAGUUCCAGAAAAAAAAGAUUCACAUGGCUGCACUCUAUCAACAAAAAAGAAGCCAAGUUCAGGGCAUGAAAAUCGAGUUUAG